AAAGUAGUAUAUUAAGCACUAAACACCAACUUAACCUGGGCAGCUCGUGUGAGGAAGAUUUCCAAGAUGUGGAAGUCCGUAUAUAUUUUAAGUUUGUGUUAUUGCAUUGCAAAUGCAGUCAUUUAUAAUACGUAUAAAAGAGCCCCGGCAACAGAUGAAGAAAUAGAACAGUUUAAAGCAAAGAAAAAUUUGGAGACUUGCACCAUCGCCUUCGAGCCAUGUGAUGAGAAUGAGUGGAGACGAAUUGAUGGCUCCUGCAACAACCUGGACUAUCCUAGCCAUGGAACAUUUUACACUCCUGAGAUAAGAAUGUUACCUGCAAAUUAUAGUGAAGGAUUCACACUGAGGAAAAUGAGCUCGGGCAAAGAUUUCCCGCUCGCAAGAUACGUUCGUUUGAUGGCUCUCAAAGUGGGGGACGGAAUUGAUUCAAAGUUUGCCACGUCUGCCACAUACUUCCCAGAGUUCCUUUUUGCUGACAUUGGAUCCAUACAUGACGUCGAAAACUAUGUUCUGCAAACGGACUGUUGUAUAUCAAAAGCUUUGGACAACCCUAUGUGCACACCAAACUUAAUACCUGUAAAUGACAACGUGCACAGGUUCUCUGGCUACGACUGCAUUAACAUGACCAGACCGAAAACAUUCCAAACAGAGGGUUGUGCUCCAUCUACCACUGUUCCUGCUAGGAUCGCGAAAGCAACAACGCAUUUCGACCUUUCAUCAACCUACUUACACGCCAAUGCCUCGGCUAUCAAAGAUCACAGGACUUACGAAGGUGGCAGACUGAAAGUCGAAGUUGUUAAUGGAAUAGCUUUGCCAACUGCUGCGGUCGAAGGCACUACUUGUUUCGUCAAGCAAGCUAAGGAAACAGGAUGCGUCAGAAAUGUUCCAAACACCAUACUCAGUACUCACAUGUACUCAACAUGGUUUUGGAGAUACCACAAUCUGGUGGCAGACGCAUUAGCCGAGCAAAAUCCUUGUUGGGACGACGAGAAACUCUUCCACAUCGCGCUGGACAUCAACAUUGCUCAUUACGUCCAGAUAAAGUUAUACGAAUACUUCUCAGAAGUGCUUGGAAGGGAAUCAUUAAUAGAAAUGGGAAUUCUACACUCUGAUGACGGUUUUAGAGACCCUUAUGAUAAAACUCUCCCACCUGGAGUAUUCAUGGAAUACAAUUACUGCUUACGUUGGUUCCAUGGCACACAAGACGGAAUGCAAGAAUUGUACAAUCAAUAUGGAGAUUUCCUCGGUACUACACAAAUGGUGAACUUUUCACUGCGCGUCGAACAUUUAGCUUACGAUGACAACAUGCCGAGAAUUACUAAUGGCUUCUAUCGCCAAGCAGCUGGAGCAUUCAAUGACUUCACAGUACACCCUGAUCUCGUCGACAACGGUCUUGGAUUCCACUUGCAGAAAGUACUUGAUAUUUUAAGCAAUGACUUGGCGAAAGGAAGGUAUUUUGGUUUCACUUCGUACUUGCAGUACAGAGACUUCUGCACCAACUAUGAAAAGAAGCAUGAAACAUUCGAAGACUUGAGCUAUCUGAUGGAUCAAGAGAAAAUCGAUGAGCUCCGUAGAAUCUACGGUAAUCCGUGGGAUAUUGAACUGAUGGCUGGUAUGUGGUCUGAGAACAAGAUGGAAGGCGCUUGGGUACCACCCACCGUGCAUUGUUUGCUUUCGCACCAACUGAAGAGAACAGUGAUGACUGACCGCCAUUGGUACGAAAGACCCAACAGACCAUAUGCUUACACAGCUGCACAACUGAAUGAAAUAAGGAAGUCCUCCCUCGCGGAAAUGUUGUGCGCCGUCGGAGAUAAUGUGCUCGAAGUUCAACCUAAAGCUUUCCUGAGAAUCGGACCAGGCAAUGAACUGGUGGACUGCUCCGAGAUUCCAAAGUUAGACUUCAGCGUAUGGAAGGACGAGAGCUGCAAAUAUGAAUAAUGGUCCUUAUACUAAUGCUUUAAGGGUGUAACAAUAAAUCCUUGUUAAACAUUAUUAUUUUA